AUGGAUCGAUGGAGGAGGUUCAGAAGUGGUGUCAACAAUAUUGAGACAGUUUUCAUUGCACUCCGGGACAAUGAAGAUUCCUAUUCUGAGCCUCCCCCCCGGAGGCCAAGAUUUUUGUGGAAUCUUCCUUGUGAUGUUGACAGAGGAAAAUUUACUCAGCUUUUUUAUCAAUCUGGAUUCGAGGAAAUUGCAGCGGUAAUUUAUAAUUUCUAUUUUUCACACGUGCCUUUAAGUUUGUUCACCCUUUUCUCAAUGACUAUUACAGCUAGUUUUAGUGAAUUAGGAUUAUGGCUGAAAAUGAGUUCUGGUGAUACAUUGCAUGAAAUUGUUUGCAUUUUUAUCACUUUAAUUAUAGUUUCCAAGUUUCACAAGUGUGUUUACCUCUUGGUUUUGAUGAGGCUUUGGAACAUCAAGAAACUGCUUAGCGCUGGUAAUGGUUACUAUGAGGAAUUUUGUGAUUUCCCUGUCAUCUCAUUCUACUAA